GGUAGUCCUGCCGUCUCGGUAAUCCGCUUCAAUCAGACAGCAGCGCUUGCUUGCAGAUCAGGUUCUGCAGAGAUGGCGGGACGGGACCGAGUCGUUCACCUGCUCACGCAGCUCGCGAGCGCGGCGUGCAGAUGUCCCGCUCACUCCAACACCUUCCACCAAGGUGUUGGAGCUGCAACCUGCACCGUCAGGAAGACCGACUACGCCUUCGAGAUGGCGAGCUCCAACAUCAGAUACGGAGACGGAGUCACCGCGGAGAUCGGCAUGGACCUGCAGAACCUCGGGGCGAGGAAGGUGUGUGUGAUGACAGACAGGAACCUGUCUCGCCUACCGCCGGUGGCGUCCGUCCUGGCGUCUCUGUCCCGGAGCGGAGUCACGUACAAAGUGUACGACAACGUCCGCGUGGAGCCCACCGAUACCAGUUUUAAAGAGGCCAUCCAGUUUGCUAAGCGCGAGGCCUUUGAUGUGUUCGUGGCUGUGGGCGGGGGCUCCGUGAUGGACACGUGUAAAGCAGCCAACCUGUACGCCAGUCGGCCCGACGCCGACUUCCUCGACUUCGUGAACGCUCCCGUCGGCAGAGGGAAGCCCGUCACGGGCGCGCUGAAGCCGCUCAUCGCAGUUCCUACGACCGCCGGCACCGGCAGCGAGACCACCGGAGUCGCCAUCUUUGACUAUGAGCCCCUGAAAGCUAAAACAGGUAUCGCCAGCCGAGCCAUUCGACCCACGCUGGGCAUCGUGGACCCGCGGCACACACUGAGCAUGCCCGAGAGAGUCGCCGCCAACAGCGGCUUCGAUGUGCUCUGUCAUGCUCUAGAGUCCUUUACAGCCCUGCCGUACCACCAGCGGACCCCUUGUCCCCCCAACCCCCUGCAGCGCCCCGCCUACCAGGGCAGCAACCCAAUCAGCGACGUCUGGUCCCGGCACGCCCUCGCCGUGGUCGCCAAAUACCUCAGACGAGCAGUGCGGGACCCUGAGGAUGUGGAGGCGCGGUCCAGCAUGCACCUGGCCAGCGUGUUCGCCGGCAUCGGCUUCGGCAACGCCGGAGUCCACCUGUGUCACGGGAUGUCUUAUCCAAUCGCCCCCGGUGCUCCCUCAGUGGUGAGUGGGGGCUACAGUGUGGAGCACCCUCUAGUGCCUCAUGGUCUCUCGGUGGUCCUGACGUCUCCGGCGGUCUUCACCUUCACCGCCCCGAUGUGUCCGGAGCGCCACCUGGAGGCUGCCCAGAUCCUCGGUGCAGACACGCGGCAGGUAAAGCGAGCUGAUGCGGGCCCCCUGCUGGCCGAGGUGCUGCGUGAGCUCCUCUUCUCGCUGCAGGUGGAGGACGGGCUGGUUGCCGUGGGCUACGGGACGGAGGAUAUCCCGGCGCUGGUGAGAGGAACUGUCCCGCAGGAGCGAGUGACCAAACUGUCUCCCAGAGAACAAACUGAAGAGGAUCUGUGCCGACUGUUUGAAGCCUCCAUGAAACUUUACUGAACUCUUAUUAAGGGGGCCUAUGUGGUUUUGAAGCCCCCAAAUUAGACACACAGCCCCCCCACCCUACUAUCUCUCCAACCCUUAAAUCAGAUAUAUAGCUUAUCAGCUUGUGAACUGAUCUCAGGUCUGUGUAAAGCAGCAGUUCCUGUACCAGCCACUACAUGGCGCUGUUUCUCAGCCUCUUCCUUUUAAUUUAAAAUGUAAGCACUAAAAUAAAAUACACAUUAACAAC